UGCCCCCCCUGGUGACCGCCAUCACUGCAUGUCCUGCUGACUGAUGUUUUUCAUGUCAUUACGAGAAUAACAACGAACCAAACUGGAGCAGUAGUGAGGUUUUAUCAUGCGGUUUAGGUUCCGAAAUAGAUGAUCGUGUGGUAGAUAGUUACAGCGAGCCCUGUGAUGUUUAAAACGAAGUACAACUGCUUUGGGGUAGCGUACAACGCUAGUUAGCUAGGCAGCUAGCUUCCCUCGCCCAGGCGCUUUGUUAUUAAGUCAAAAAAUGGUCCCUUAUGAAUUUGUCAAGAUGUUAUUUAGCACUGUUACUUCGCGUGUAGGUGUUAAUGCAUGUGGGACUCCCCAGUGAGACAACAAUGAACCAGCACAGAACCCACAGUUCCAGCUUGCCGCACCAGCAGUCAGUAUGCAAGAGAUGGGGAGAGGACGCUGACCAAAAUGAAAGGAGACAUAAAUCCUUCAAACCAAACUACCACCAUCACCAGUCUGGUCCAUCAGCUCAGCAACUGAGCUCCCAGGCUUUGAGCACCAGAAGGGAGCUUUACCACAGAGACUUCCCGCUGUACAAACAGCCUGUCGAAGUGGGUUUCUUUUCGCUCGACUCUCAGCGUAGAUUCUUCAACGACAGCAGGCAGAUGCGAUACUACGUCGAACCUGAGAAAAGCCCACAUUUUGACCUGGGGGAUGGAUACAAGGACCGUUUUAUAAAGAGGGAUGAGCGUGUGAAGGAAAAGCUGGAUCACCUGCUUCAGUGGAUCUUGGCAAACCGAUCAAAAGUCACACAGAGGACAGAUGCAUCCUCAUCAGCUUUGGAUGUUGACUUUGUGACAUGGCGAGGCCAUCUGACCAAACUGCUGACCACACCUUAUGAGACACGAGAGGGCUGGUUGCUGGCCGUCACCAAGUUUAAAGGAACAUUUUAUAUCAGUGAAGUGGAAACAGAAGCGGCUCGCAGGGACCGGGAGAACCGCGCCGCGCGGCAUGAGAUGAUGAUGUACUGGGGGUACAAGUUUGAGCAGUACAUGUGCUCAGAUAAGCUCGAAGGAUCACCGGAUUCGAGCGGUGUGGUCAACACAAACGAAGCCUUCUGCACUGUGGUACAAACCCGCCUCUCAGAUCACAGGCUCCUCUUCUCCGGCGAGGUGGACUGCCGGGAUAAAGACACCGACUCUCCAUCUCCUCCCGCCUGCUACGUGGAGCUGAAGACGUCCGCAGAGAUCUGUACUCCCAAGCAGCGUAGCAACUUCCACAGGUACGAUAAGCCGCGUAUACACAGCCACUACGAUACAGCCGCUAUAUUGUGCAGGUUUUGGGUCGAGCUGGUCUUGUAUCGGUUCCUUGUCAGGUUUAAGCUGCUCAAGUGGUGGGCACAGUCCUUCCUCCCCGGAGUCCCCCGCAUCGUCGCAGGCUUUAGGGAUGACGACGGAGUGGUCGUCUCUGUGGAGACCUUUCACACCUCCAAGAUUUCGCAGCUUAUCAAGGGGGAGGACAGGUGUUGGAAGCCGACAGUCUGCAUGAACUUCUGCAGCGACUUCCUGUCUUUUGUCAAACGUGUCAUAACCGAGGAUGAUUCUCGUGUGGUGUAUCUGUUUUCCUGGAACCCACGCUGCGACGUGACCUACUCUGUACACAAGGACUCCUCUUACUCUUUCCUGCCAGACUGGUACAUGAAGGAAAUGAUGUAAAGAUUCACACCAUAAAGAUUCACACUCAUUUACAAUUAAAAAAAAAAGAA